GCUGCAGACAUUCCUCAUCACCUCUCCAAGCUCCAAACUUGCAUUGUUUGCCACUCUAGUAGCAGCAUCGAUCGCCGGCCGGCCGUGUUUCCGAGCAACAUGGGGAAACGCUUCCUCCACCAGCUGCUCGCCGUCGCCCUGGCACUCUUCGUCUCGCCGGCGAGAUCGGACGACUGGCUUCCGGCCACCGCCACGUUCUACGGCGGCGCUGACGGCUCCGACACAAUGGGUGGCGCGUGCGGGUAUGGCGACCUGUACGAGCAGGGCUACGGUGUGAACAACGCGGCGCUGAGCAUGGCGCUCUUCAAUGACGGUGCGUCGUGCGGGCAGUGCUACGUCAUCAGAUGCGACAGCAGCAAGACUGGGUGGUGUAAGCCCGGCAGCAGCAACUUCGCCGUCGUCUCCGCCACCAACUUCUGCCCGCCCAACUGGGAGCUCCCCAACGGUGGGUGGUGCGGCCCGCCUCGCCCCCACUUCGACAUGUCCCAGCCCGCCUGGGAGACCAUCGGCAUCUACAGCGCAGGUAUCAUCCCCGUCCUCUACCAGCGGGUCAAGUGCUGGCGGAGCGGCGGCGUGCGCUUCACCAUCGCCGGCUUCGACCACUUCUACAUGGUGCUCAUCACCAACGUCGCCGGAAGUGGCUCCAUCCAGAGCAUGGCUGUGAAGGGCGCCAACACGGACUGGAUCCCCAUGUACAGGAACUGGGGCGCCAACUGGCACUGCCUCGCAGGCGGGCUCAUCGGCCAGGGCCUCAGCUUCGCGCUCGUCUCCACCGGCGGACAGAACAUCGUCUUCCAGGACGUCGUGCCGGCGUGGUGGCAGUUCGGCCAAACUUUCAACACCUACCAGAACUUCGACUACUAAACAUUAUUUGUCACUUCCUUCCACUGUUCGAAAGCAUUCCACUGAUCCACACCAUUCCAUUAUUGCUCAUUCAUUCUUCUUCUUGAGAGAUAUAUUAAAUAUGUUGUCUUCUUUUCAUUACGAAUGUAGUUUGGAAACCUUUUUAUUAUUAUAUAUAAUUCAACCACAAAGUGAUCAUUGUAAAUCCAAGGAGUAUUCAGUUGUGUUACAAAGUUUGGGAGGGUUCCAACUUCCAACAUAUUUUUUAUU